GGCUGGCAGAGUGGCUCAGCUGGUGGAGGUCAAUGCAGGCCAAGAUGCUGGAGCAAAGACGGUGCCUGGCACUCCGACUCUACACCUGCCAGGAGUGGGCAGUGGUGAAGGUGCAGGCACAGGUUCGGAUGUGGCAGGCAUGCAGGCGGUUCCUUCAGGCUCGCCAAGCAGCCUGCAUCAUCCAGUCUCACUGGCGAUGGCAUGCCAGCCAUACCCGAGGUCUGAUCCGGGGCCGCUAUGAGGUCAGAGCCAGCCCGCUGGAGCUUGACAUCGAAAUCUUCAUGACCUAG